GUACAAACUCGGAUUCCUGAAUAAACUAAACCUGAGAUUGAAAUAUUUUUGUCUAAGUUUCGAUUCUUGCAUAUAUAAAAUUGGGAUUAUUGUAUCCAUCUAUAUGAUCCUGUAUCGAAAACAUAAUUAUGAUCUGCGUAACUGGCUGGGAGAAGAAAACGAAGAGAAUCAUACAAAUCAAUGCUAGAGACAAAGGCCUCUCAAAAUUUUUCUUUAAAUCAAUCUUAUUUAAAUAAUGCUGUCCACCUUUUCUGUCAACCUUAACUAGGACUGAGUAAACUAAAGAUGAUCAGAGAUAGCUAGGCUAAGCAUAUCUAAACUCACAUCAAUGGCAAUCUCUCUUCUUAUCUAAGCUCACAUCAAUGGCAAUAUCGCUUCUCUCCUUGCAAACUCUCUUCUCCACAUUUCUCGUCCUGUCUCCUUUCCAUGUCAGUGCUCAAUCACCACCUAUUGGUGACACAGACUUUUUAUGCUCCCCAGACUCCCCUGUUUCCUGUGAAACCUAUGUCACAUACCGUGCCCAAACGCCUGAGUAUUUGGAUUUGGAAAGCAUAUCCAAUCUGUUUGGUGUCAGUCCUUCAACAAUUGCAAAAGCUAGUAACCUUGUCUCUGACAAGGCACGACUAAUUCCGGACCAACUCUUACUAAUACCGAUCACCUGUUCCUGCAAUGGAACAUACUUUUUCUCUAAUGUCACGUACCAGAUCAAGGAAGGUGACAGUUUUUAUGUAGUUUCAAUCACUGAAUUUGAAAGUCUCAUCAAUUAUCGUGACGCUGAAGACACGAACCCAACGCAAAAUCCAAUUGACUUGCAGGUUGGUGAGGAAGUGGUGUUUCCUCUUCUCUGCAUGUGCCCGAGUAAGGCCCUUUUGGAGAAGGGAAUUAAGUACCUUAUAACUUAUAUGUGGCAGCCUGGUGAUGAUCUCUUGCCUGUAAGUGCUAUGUUUAAUGCGUCGCCGUUUGAUAUUGUUUCUGAAAACAACUACAGAAAUUUUACUGUUGAUGUGGAUCUUCCUGUGUUGAUACCGGUGUCACAACCUCCAUUUCUUUCUCAACCUUUCGAAAGAUAUAAGCCCAAACACCGGUGGACACUGGUUAUUGUUUUGUGCUCGACCGGAGUUCUCAUUCUUUUCCUUUUGGCAAGCUUGUUGGCCUAUGUUCAUCUUUUGUAUAAGAAAAAGGCGAGCUUGAAACACAAUAGUUCUUUGUUAGAGACAGAUGAUCUAAUUCAAAUGAAGAAAGCAUCGAAAGUGGAAGCUUUUGAGGCUAAGACUAACCAGGACAAGCUACUUCCCGGGGUUUCUGAUUGUCUAGGCCAACCAAUCAUGUAUGACAGAAAGGUGAUCAUGGAGGCAACUAUGAAUCUCAGCGAAUGGUACAGGAUUGGAGGAUCAAUUUACAGGGCCAUAAUUGAUGGGCAGGUCUUUGCUGUGAAGAAAACAAAGGAUGCUACAGAGGAAUUGAAGAUAUUGCAGAAAGUGAAUCAUGGCAAUUUAGUGAAAUUAAUGGGCAUUUCAUCGGACAAUGAAGGGAAUUGUUUCUUGGUUUAUGAAGACGCGGAAAAUGGAUCACUGGAUAAAUGGUUGUACCCGAAAUCUUCUUCUUCUUCUUCGGGUUGUGUGGCAUCACUCACAUGGACUCAGAGGUUGAAUAUAGCACUAGAUGUAGCCAAUGGCCUGCAAUACAUGCAUGAACAUACUCAACCGAGCAUUGUUCACAGGGAUAUCAGAACAAGUAACAUACUUCUCAACUCCAGGUUCAAGGCCAAGAUCUCGAAUUUCUCUAUCGCUAGGCCUGCAACAAGCCCUGUGAUGAAAAAAGUUGAUGUUUUUGCUUUCGGGAUUGUUCUGUUGGAGUUGCUUUCAGGAAAGAAAGCAAUGGAAAUGAAAGAAAACGGUGAGUUUGUGAUGUUGUGGAAGGAAAUAAGGGGUAUUUUGGAAGUUGAAGAGAGAAAGGAGGAGAUGUUAAGGGAGUGGAUGGAUCCUAACUUGGAAAGCUUUUACUCUAUUGAUAGCGCUAUGAGCUUGGCAGCGCUAGCGAGGGAGUGCACAGCAGAGAAGUACUCUGUAAGACCAAGAAUGGCAGAGAUAGUCUUCAACCUCUCUGUUCUUACUCAACCAUCUCCAGAUAGAUACGAAAGGUCUUGGACAUCGGGGUUGGAAACCGAAGAUGCCAUUCAAAUUAUCAGCCCUGUAAUAGCUCGUUGAUUCAGCGAAAGCAUACUCUUUAGACCGAGUCCUUCUGGAUUUGUUGUUAUUCAUAUUUCAUGUUUUAAAAAAAUAAAAAUAAAGCAGUAGUCUACAAAAUCGUUGUAACAUGUAAAUGUAAAGCCAUAAGCAGAGUUUUAUUGUCCUAUUAAUGAAAAUAACUGGCAUCCAAGCAAAUUUAUAU